AUGACUCCGAAGGAGACAGUACCAAGAAAGAAGUCGUGCAAUCACUGCUACAAAUCAAAAGUGCGAUGUGACCUCAAAAGGCCAUGUUGCACAAGAUGCAGAAAUCGAGAUCUCGAUUGCACAUAUGUCGACGCAAAACUCGUUGAUGAAGUUGCCUCGGGUCAGCCUUCUGAAUCUCCUGUCGAUGAACCCUGGUUCUCUAAUGUGCUUGCGCCGGAAAUUCCCGCUACCUACUCUAUGGAUUUCAACCACAUCAAUCUAGUAUGCACUGUGGAUGAAAACAGAAUCCGCGCUCGCUGGCUUGAGAGUCUCCUGCCUUCUAUGGACCAGAGACCGAAGCCGUUCCAUGCGUCGACGAUGGCAUUCGUCACGCGCGUGUUCAAGUCCUACCCUAGAAUGUUCCUGACCGAGAACCUCCCUCCUUUCAUUCACUGGGCUCAAAUGGCACAUCGGGUUGCUGAGCCAUUGGCAAACUGCAUGAACAUAGCACGCAUGUGGGCGGUACAAACUCCCGAGAGCGCAGCUAUGGUUCGAGAGGUCAUCGGACAAGAAAUGUCGAAAAUAUUCCAAAAGGCAAGCACACGUGCAUUCUCCGGCCACUUGGAGCUCCUGGCCAUAUUACAGGGUUACCUUCUCUACGCCAUAAUGCUCUUCGACUCGGCGAAUGCUGCCAGCAUGGUUGAACAGGAUAUCAUGAUCAAGCUCCAAGAUUUAGCAGGCGACCUUGCAAGCAGAGGAACACUCUGCCCAGCCGAGACCAACGGCACUCGGCCGGACUGGGAAUCGUGGAUCGUUGCUUCUGCAAAAAGAAGAACACUCUUCGCUACUGUUUUACUUGACAAUUUAGUCAACUUCACCCUGGGCUCUCCGUCAUUCAUUGCCGUAGAACUCGCCGACCUCCCGGCCCCAGCAAGUAAGACUCUUUGGAAUGCGCAGGAUCGACGAUCUUGGAAUACGGCCUAUAAUCAACAGCUGAGCCUCUGGAGCGACGGAGAGCUACUCAUCAGUGAUCUCUGGCCACAACCCGGACCCAUUCCAGCGCCGGUGCGACAGAAGAAGAUCGACAAUUGGCUGUCGUCAGUGGACGAGUUUGGUAUGAUGAUCUAUGCCGUUACCUCUCAUACCUACAAUGAGGCUUGA